AUGAUCUUUGUGAGAAGGAUGCUGCAGCAAGCUCUCAGAGUGUCCGGCCGGAGCGCCUUCCCCCUGGUCAAGUGGAUGGAGAGGUGGGCUGAGAGGUGGCAGGGGACCGAGGCCGUGAGGACUCUGGACGACAUGCCCGGACCGUCGGUCGCCAGCUUCGCCUGGGACCUGUUCGCGAAGCGGGGGCUGGCACGGCUGCACGAGUUACAGCUGGAGGGCGUGCAGCGGUACGGGCCCAUGUGGAAGGCGAGCUUCGGCCCCAUCCUGACCGUUCACGUGGCCGAUCCGGCGCUCAUCGAGCAGGUUCUGAGGCAGGAGGGCCAGCACCCCAUGCGCUCUGACCUCUCCUCCUGGAAGGACUACAGGAGGCUCAGAGGGCAUCACUACGGACUCCUGACAUCCGAGGGGGAGGAGUGGCAGUCGGUGAGGAGUCUCCUGGGGAAGCACAUGCUGCGACCGAAGGCGGUGGAAGCCUACGAUCAGACCCUGAACAGCGUGGUCGGUGACCUCAUUGCCAAACUGCGCCUUCGCAGAGGUUCCCAGGGCCUCGUCACCGACAUCUCCAGCGAGUUCUACCGCUUCGGCCUCGAGGGUGUUUCCUCGGUGCUGUUUGAAUCCAGAAUUGGUUGCUUGGAUCAGGUUGUUCCCGAAGAGACAGAACGUUUCAUCCAAUCCAUCAACACCAUGUUCAGAAUGACGCUGCUAACCAUGGCCAUGCCAAGUUGGUUGCACCAGCUGUUUCCUAAACCCUGGAGCAUCUUCUGUCAGUGCUGGGACUACAUGUUUGACUUCGCCAAAGGUCACAUCGACCAGCGUCUGACGGCCGAAGCAGAGAAGGUCGCCCGCGGAGAGACGGUGGAGGGCCGUUAUCUCACCUACUUCCUGUCGCAGACCGGGCUGCCCAUGAAGACCGUCUACAGCAACGUCACGGAGCUGCUUCUCGCAGGAGUCGACACGAUCUCCAGUACUCUGUCCUGGUCCUUGUACGAGCUGUCCCGCCACCCCGAAGUGCAGGCCUCCCUCCGGGAAGAGGUGCUGAGUGUGCUGGGGGGUCGGGGCGUCCCGUUGGCGGCAGACGUAGCACGCAUGCCUCUCCUGAAGGCCACGGUCAAAGAAGUGCUGAGGUUGUAUCCUGUUAUUCCUGCCAACGCCAGAGUCAUUACAGAGAGGGACAUCCAGGUUGGAGGCUACCUCAUCCCUAAAAAUACUCUGAUUACACUGUGCCACUUCGCAACAUCGCGGGAUCCUGCAGUGUUUCCAAAUCCGGAUGAAUUCCAGCCCCAUCGAUGGUUGAACAAGGACCAGAGUCAUCACCCGUAUGCCUCCGUGCCCUUCGGGGUAGGGAAGCGCAGCUGCAUAGGUCGCCGCAUCGCUGAGCUGGAGCUCUACCUUGCUGUCGCCAGGAUCCUCGUGGAGUUCGACGUGAAGCCGGACCCAGAGGGGGUUUCCGUGAAGCCCAUGACAAGGACGCUUCUAGUCCCUGAAAAAGUCAUCAACCUGCAGUUUGUUGAACGAUGA